AUGGAAGUGGGAACCAACAAUUUUCUUCCUUUCCUUGAUGUUAUGGUAACAAGGUUACACGAAGGUCGACUUUGUCAUUCAGUCUAUCGAAAACCUACCCAUACCGAUAGAUAUCUUCACACUACGUCUCAUCACCACCCCGCUCAAAAACGGUCUGUCAUUGACUCCCUAAUUGAUCGAGCCAUUACGAUUUGUCAACCGGACAAACUCCAGAAUGAAUUAGAACAUCUCCAAACAUUUUUUCGACAAAAUGGAUACGACCACCACACUAUCAAGUCAGCCAUCCAAUGUCGAGUUAAUCCCAAGUCUGACAAUACUUCAAAUCGCCCAACUGAUCUCGUAUCGACUGCAAAUCUUCCAUUCAUUUCUCAGGUCACAGACCGUCUGGCCAAAAUACUAAAAAGGCAAAAAGUUAAAACAGUCUUCAAACCCGCAACUAAAAUUGCACAAGUUUUUCCUUCCGCCAAAGAUUCUCGCCAAGCUCUAGACUGUAGAGAAAUAUACAGCAUUCCCUGCUCUUGUGGUGUAAAAUAUAUAGGAGAAACUGGCGUUCUGACUCACUCAGCCGUAGCUGUUGAAAUACAUAAAUGUCCACAUAACCUUAACCGAGACAAUGGUUAUUAUCUGCGAAAUAUUUGGAAGACCGCACUCGAUGCAAAUGCUCGUUCAUUUCCCCCCACUCCGCCCGGAACCGGCCAAUUCUUCCUGUCAAAAGAGUUUCGCCUUUGGUAUGGUUGA